CCGCGGUCCCAGCUCGCUCCGCGGGAGAACUACAGCUCCCAGCAUGCACCGGGGCGCGCCGGCCCCUGUCCCACCUGUGCAGCCGCCCGAACCUGCUCCCGGGGCGGCGCAGCGCGGCGCGGCGCGAGCUCGGAGCCAGAUCCCUGCGACACUGCAGCUGGCGGCCAGUGGCCUCGGAGCCCCCUGCACCAUGGCCAGCGAGAAGAUGCAUGGUGCCCAGGACCUGCUGGAGCUCAAAUUCCAGUCCCUAGCUAUGAAGCACAUUGACCUGAAGCAGGUGGAGCUGGACACGGCUGCAGCCAAGGUGGAUGAGCUGUCCAAACAGCUGGAAACCCUGUGGACGGACAGCCCAGGGCAGACUGCUGGGCAGCCCAAGGUGGACAGAUACGGCGCCAGCCCCUCGUACGCCCCAGAGCCGCUUGGCUUGGCCACGUCCCCACAGUACGCCAGGAAGAACGUGUCCCUGGAGAGCACCAACAGCUACAUCUCCUACCACGCUGAGACCUUCUCGCCCACCGCCACCGGCAGCUCCCCUGCCAAGGCCCCGCUGGGCCACCCCGCCUCGCCCCAGUCCCCCUUCUACCUGCAGGGCGAGCCCCUGGAGCGGGCCCAGUCGCCCCGGCCCAAGGUGCUGCCCGUCUCUUACAACUCGCUGCCACUGCCCAGCCCCAAGGGACGCAUGCCUUCCUCGCACUCCCUGUGGCAGGCUGGGGCCACCGAGCGCCCGUCCUUCUGCAGGCCGGCGGGCCGCGCUGGCUCCCCCCGGCUGGCGUCUGUCCCCUCUGAGGCCUCGGCACCGCAGAUGUUCUUCCCAGACCGCGCGCUGUCUCCCCGGCCGCCCCACCCGCCGUCCUACGAGAGCCACAGCCUGUUCCCCACUGGGCCCAGUUCCUUCGCCCCCUUUCGGGCCCAAGAUGACCUGGUGAUCCGGCGAAGGCCCCAGAGGAGCUGGAAUGAGUCGGACCUGGAUGUGGCGUACGAGAAGAAAUCAUCCCACUCGGCCGGCUACGAGAGAGGAGAUGUGCACGCAGGGCUCAGGCAGGCGCCCGCGGGGUUGCAGCUGGCUCCUUGGAGGGAAUCAAGCCUGGAUGGGGCCACAGGGCAAGGCAAGGACGAGCACCCCCAGCCUUAUGCCAUGCACAGCGCCACACUGCCCCGCAACUACAAAGUGUCCCUGCUGCCCGGCGAGCGCAGACCAGACAGCUCCUUCCGCAGGCUGCUGCCCGCCAGCCAGACGGGCACCCUGCCCCGCAACUGGCAGUUCUCCCAGCAGCCUGUCUCGCGCAUCGCCAUGCCGCCCCCCAGCCCGCAGGGCACACGGGCGAAACGCCACAAGCCCCUGCCUCUCUCCAUGAUCUUCAAGCUGCAAAACGCCUUCUGGGCAUCUGGAGCCUCCAGUGUCAAGGGCCAGCUCCAGGGGGCCCCAGGCUCCCCCAUCUUCCUCCGCUCCCCACAGAAGCAGCCCCAGCUCCAGCAGUCGUCUCCUCCGGCCCAGGCUCCUCUGCGGCUGGCCCCAUCGGGGGCUGAAGCAGCGGGAAGGGCCUCAGCCCUUGAAGCACUGGUGGAGCCCGUGCGAGGGGCCCCGGCGGGGGGUGACACGGAGCCCGAGCUGGAGAGCAUCCUGCGGGGCAGCGAGGCAGAGGAGGUGGCUCGCCCAUUGAGCCCCACCCGCCUGCAGCCUGUCCUGCCCCCUGAGGCUCAGAAGGUGCCCGAGUUCAAGGAGGUGGCCCGGGUGCUGGCGGAGAUUCCCCGGCCCCUGAAGCGCCGUGGCUCCAUGGAGCAGAGCCCCAGCCCUGUCCUGCCACCUACCCACAAGAAGCAAUACCAGCAGCUCAUCAGCCGCCUCUUCCAUCACCGGGGCCGCAAGGAGGAGCCCGUGUUGGUGGGGGACGACCUGCCGCUCAUCACUGAGACAGCUGAGCUGAAGGCAGCGACCCUGGUCAGCCCUGCCCCGGCACCCUUGCCCCAGAGCUCGCCAGUACCCGCAGCGUCACCCCUGCUGGCUGUUACAGAGAGCCCAGGCACCCCGACACCCAGCCCCGGCACCCUGAUGCCCAGCCCUGAGAAGCGCUCGGCGCUGCGCAAGCUCUCGUCCCCGAGGCGGUGGCUGGGGAAACAGGUGAAGCUCAACCCCCUGGUGCUGCUGCUGGACGCGGCCCUGACGGGCGAGCUGGAUGUGGUGCAGCAGGCAGUGAACGAGCUCAACGACCCGAGCCAGCCCAACGACGAGGGCAUCACAGCUCUGCACAACGCGAUCUGCGGGGCCAACCACAACAUUGUCGACUUCCUCAUCAGCGUGGGCGCCAACGUCAACUCCAUGGACAGCCACGGAUGGACUCCCCUGCACUGUGCCGCCUCCUGCAAUGACACAGCGAUCUGCACGGCCCUCAUCCGGCACGGAGCCGCCAUCUUCACCACCACCUUCAGCGACGGCAGCAUGGCCCUCGAGAAGUGCGACCCCUACCGGGAGGGCUACAGCGAGUGCUUCAACUACUUGGCUGAUGUGGAGCAGAACAUGGGGCUGCUGAACAACGGGGUGCUGUAUGCGCUGUGGGAUUACAGCGCCGAAUUCAGCGACGAGCUGUCGUUCCGCGAGGGGGAGCCGGUCACUGUGCUGCGGCGCGACAGCCAGGAGGAGCUGGACUGGUGGUGGGCCUCGCUUUACGGCCAGGAGGGCUACGUGCCCAAGAACUACUUUGGGCUAUUCCCCAGGGUGAGGCCUCAGCGGAAGAAGGUCUAAUGCACCAGCACACGGCCCAUCUGCUGCUGCUGCAGACCUGGGAAAGCAGCUGGCUCCUGAUGAACUUAGGGGCUGGGGGGAAGACGGGGUUCUGCUGCUGGGAUUCUCCCCUGCUGGGAAGUGCUCCCCUCUUCCAGGGAUUUGGUCAAUUGGCCCUGGGGGCUGUGUGGAUGGGGGGGUAGGGCUGUGAGGGAGCCAGCUGGGCAAGGUGGAUGUCAUGCUGGCAGAGAGGUGGGAUGGGGGGCAGAGGGGGGUCAUGGCUUUGGCGUGCACUGUGCGGGGGGUAAGAGCGUUGGUGGGAGCUGGGUCUCACCCUGGAUUCAGUCGGGCCCCAUCUUUGGCUCAUCCGCGUCAGAGACUGGUAUGCGUGACUGCAGGGGGAAGGGGGGAACAAAUUCAAAUUGGUCUCUAACCAAACUAAACAGUCUGUCCCUUGGGAAAACCCGAGGGUGGGUGAGUGUGGCGGGGACAGCCUCCUGUGGCAGACCAGGUGCCACCCUGCUCCUCCCCCACCCUGUGGGCUCCCGCCUGACCCGGUGCCGUGGCUGGGGGAAGCUGUGGGGGGAGCGGUCAUUUCCUGGCCCAGUCUCAAAGCAGCUGUGUUCCUGUGGGAAUCACUGGGCCCAGGUGCACCUACUUGCCAGCCCACCUAAUGGGCAUACAGAGGGAGAAUCCUUCAAGAUAUGGACAUGCAGCCCAUGGAGACUUUGGGUCCCAGCAUGCAUUGGGGCCAGUCGGUUCAGUGACCCCCAGCGGUGAGGUUCUGGGGGCUUCACCCUAACUGGAUCCUGGGCACUUCCACAGAGGUCCAGGCCAAGAAGAUGCAGGGCCCAGCUUCCUCCACAGUCUGGCAGCACUCCUGGUACCAGUACAAUAGGCCCUAUGGUGCUGCUGUCCUCCUUACCCAUGGGGCUUGGCGCCCAGCCCCCAUUCAGCCAGGGAGUGGGGAACGAGGCUGAGAGCUGAGCCCUACUCUGUGCCCUUCACUCACAGGCCUCUCCCCAAAGAUGUCCCUCUGCCCCCCGCUACCUGCCGGCCUUAGCUCAGCUUGUGCCGUGUAAGCUCCCCACACAGGCCCUGGUUCUCCGCCACUCAUCUCCGGCUGUUCGCUGUGUCGGCAUGAGGCUGAAGGGGGGGAAGCUUUCCAAUCAGUGGGGCAGCUUGGAGGUGAGGGCCGAGGCAGGGAACCCCGGUGGGCUGGGGAUGCAGCUGUGCUGUCGUGCAGCCCUUCGCGUGAAGCCUGCUGCCGGGGCCUGUGUGGCUAGCUGCUGUGAAUACAGGAGAGGCUGACGAUGCUCCAGUGGGACAACCUGUAUUUCUCUCAGAUUCCAAGGCCAGACAUGUCCAUUAGAUCAUCGAGUCUGACCUGCUUUAUCACAGGCCAGGGAGCUGCCCCCAAGUUAUCCCUGUAGGGACCCAAUUGCUUGUGCUUGGCUGAAGCAUCUUCCCAAAAGGCAGCUAAGUUGGACUGGGAGAGAUCAGGAGGUGGAAAAUCCACCACUGCCCUGGAGAGUUUGUUCCACUGGGGAAUAUUUGUGCCUAAUUUCUAACUGGAACAUGUCAGGUUCCAACUUGUAGCCGUUGGUUCUUGUUCUGCUUUUCUCCAUUAGAUUAAAGUGCCCUUUAGUACC